AUGGAAUUUGCUGGUGCUUUCUACGUCAAUGUAUUUUUGAAGAAGAAUUAUAUUGCUUUUUGCAUUGCAAAUAUUGCUUUAAAGGUUAUCCAAAUAUCGAAAGUUGAAAAACGCCGUGUUAUUGUUGACUUCUCAUCACCAAAUAUUGCCAAAGAAGUGCAUGUUGGCACUUACGAUCGACGAUUAUUGGCGAUAGCAUUUGCCGCUUGCUGGAAUAUGUGCCCUUUGAUGAAUCGAAAAACCGUUUUGACAGCGACGAAACGUUUAAAGCACACGCCUACGACUGUUUUGCAAAGCUGCACGCUUACCAAGGGUAAGGGACUCAGUGCAUCAACACUUUGA